UAGUGAGCUGCCUACCUAGACAGUGUUUUAGAGAGCAUUAAAUGGCGCGUUCAGAGUCAGAAGAGCGCACACAUGAUAUCUCAUGAUGCUAUUAACUUGGAAAGUUCAAAUCCUUACUAAAACAAAGUUUCGGAGCUGGUUCCAGUGCUCUCCAUUGAUGUCUAUCUAGGAGUGUCAUUAGGAUUUGAGACGCGGCUUUCGUGUUGAGCUCAUUCAGGAAUCUUCCGUUCUCUUCUUCCCCAAGUCGGAUUUUUUAGGGAGGAGCUGUGACUCUCGGCAAGAUCUAGAGAUUCGUCUGAGGACAAGAGCAGGACUGAAGGACGGUUAAAUAUGGAUCCAGCAUCUCCUCCAGAGCAGCUGUCAGUUGUUAAUGAGCAGGCGCUGAACUCGUGGGGCAGAUCGGAGAGCGCAGCUGUAAGUCUGCGCCGCUUCCUCUGCUACGGCUCUGAGAGCGCCACCUACAGCACUAAAGAGUGUGCUCUGGGCGUAGAGAACGCCCUGGGCCUGAUGCAGCUCAUCGAGGGGACGCGGGGCGUCGAGGUGGUGGACGAGAUCAGACGCUUCAAUCUGGAGGGCCGUGCUGUCCGUCCCAACCCCAGCCUCUUCGCUCUGGCUGUGUGCUCGCAGCACGCCGACUGCAGGACCAGGCAGGCCUCCAUACGGGCGCUGAAGGACCUGUGUCGGACGCCCGCGCAGCUCUUCACGUUUGUACAGUAUAAGAAAGAGCUGAGACAGGGCUCUGGGAUGUGGGGCCGGGCUCUGCGGAGGGCCGUGGCGGACUGGUACAACAGCCAGGAUGGGAUGAGCCUGGCACGGACCGUGACCAAGUGCAAGCACAGAGCUGGCUGGUCCCACCAGGACCUCCUCAGACUGUCCCACAUGAAGCCGACCGAUGACGCUGUUGCAGUGGUUUGCAAAUACAUCACGAAAGGCUGGAAAGGGGUUCAGGAAGCGUACGCUGACCGAGAGAACUCCGAGGAAGUGCAGAAGGUGUUUGUGUAUCUGGAGGCAGUGGAGAAAGCCAAGCGCUGCACUGAUGAACAGGAGCUGAUUCAUCUGAUCGAGGAGCAGCGGCUGGAGAAAGAGCAGAUCCUGAGCAGCCACCUCAGGUCCACAGAGGUGUGGAAAGCAUUGCUGAAAGAGAUGCCCAUUGCUGUUUUAUUGAAGCAUUUGGGGAAGCUGACAGCAAACAAGGUUCUGGCAGCAGGAAGUGCAGAUGUUGCAGCUGUUUGUGAGAGGAUUCAGGAUGAGAGCGCUCUGAAAAAGGCCAAAACACACCCCUUUAACAUUCUUGUGGCGUCUGAAAACUAUAAGAGAGGUCACGGGAAGCGCAGCAAACUGAGAUGGGAUCCGGACAGAGACAUUGUUCAAGCCCUGGACUGUGCCUUCAGCAGAAGUAUUUCAACUGUGGAGGCCACAGGAAAGCGGUUUCUGGUGGCGGUGGAUGUGAGCUCUUCUCUGAGCAGUGUGACUCACGGCAGCUCCAUCAGCUCGGUGGCAGCGGCGGCAGCCAUGUGUUUGGUGAUUGCUCAGACGGAGCCAGACGCACAGAUAGUGGUUUUCUCUAAAGGAAGCGUUUGUCCCUGCGCUAUCUCUUCUGAUAUGACAUUCAUGCAGAUAGCAGCACAGCUCAUCCAGACACCUGGUGGCAGCACAGACUGUGCCUUACCCAUCACCUGGGCCUCAGAGAAUGAUAAAACUGUGGACGUCUUCAUCAUUUUCACUAAUAAUCAAACGUUCGGGAGGGAAAAUCCAGCAGACACACUGAAGACUUACAGACAAAAAACUGGUUUGUUUUCCAAACUGAUUGUGUGUGGAUUGAUUGCCAGCUCCCUGUCCGUGGCUGACCCUGAAGACCGCGGCAUGCUGGACAUCUGCGGCUUGGACUCGCAAGCAGUGGACGUCAUCCGUAACUUCGCACUCGAUGUCAUUUAAACGCUGAUUGUUUUGUAGCAUGCAGAGAGUUUUCUGAAAGGACAAGGAGACAUGGAUGCACCCCGCAUCAACAUGCAAAAAAAAUGUAUAAACAUUCUAAUUUGGAAAUCAUGUUUUUGCAGUUUGGAAUAGAGGUCAAAUCUAACUGAAUAUCCAGCAGGCUGGAUUAGCUGCAGUGAAAAUCACAGAGAGCAAAUUCACGAAAUAUUCAUUCAGUGUACUGUAUGUUUUUAACCUGGUCCAGUGAAAUAGAGCAUAACUGAAGGACAUGUUUGAGAAGUUCACGUGUGUCUCUGACCUUCAUUGGAAGUAAUGUACUAUAUUUUUAGAGGCCUAUGUCUCCACUCGUGUUAUCAUGAGAUGCUAUAAAAUAUCUCACAUCAAGCUGAAAGUGCUCCAUAGGUCUUCCACAAA